AGAGAGGGCUUCCGGCAAUGUGACAUAUUAUCUAGUAAGCGCUUCCAACUCUUUUACAAUUUUUCUUUCAAUUCAUCACACGGCUUUGCUUUUGUGUCCCGGAACUUGCGUGCACUAAGGCUUUUCUCUUACGAAAAUGCAUACCAUAACGCGUCACGCCGUGGCCCCCAGCGCCACGGGAGCGCAUAGACGCAGUCAACAGCAACAGGCGACGCUGCUGGCGUGCUCGACGAGUCAGGUUCAGGCUCGGCAGCUGCAGCUGCAGCAGAGUUCGCACCAGCAUGCAGUAGCCGUCUCUCGGGGAGUUCCGGAGGCAGGAGCGGCCGCUCGUCGCAGCGUCUCGACGUGCUCGCUGCCCUCAAGCUUGGAUGCGCCGUGCGCCCAGGUCACUUGCGCCGUGAAGUUCUAUCACCUGAGCGAAACAAAUGACUUCAAGGACUUCGCAUCUAUCGUGACGCCAGACGUCAAGUGGCGGCAGCGUGGGCUGCUGCAGGGCAAGUUGACGCUCUCAGGCGCGGAGCCCGUGCACGCGGCGCUGCUUGACCUGCACAACGCAUACCAGGACCUGACGUUUACCGUAAACACGUAUGCGGAGGAGGAGGGGCGCGUGGCACUGUUCUGGACGGCUGAGGGCAUCAACCGCGUGGGCAUGUUCGGCAGGCCCGCCUCCUUCAAGCGCAGCACCUUCUCGGGCAUCAGCAUGGUCACGCUGGACAAGGAGGGCCGGAUCGCGGAGGUAAUUGAGUACCGCCAGCCCACGCACGAGGAGAUGGAGGCGCACCUGCGGCGUGAUCUACCUGGCCAGCAGCAGGCCAACAUCGAGCGCUUGAUUGCGCGCGGCCACCAGACGCCCACCACCAACACCAGCGCGCCUGCAGCGGGCAGCAGCUUCUGCCAGAUCCCCGCGUCGCGCUCGGUGGACCCCAUGUGGCGCGUGCGGGCGGUGCAAGCGGCGACAGAGUGGGUGGAGAACUGGACGCCGGGUCCGGACCUGGAGAGCAUGGUGCGCGCGGACAUGGAGGAAUUCAACAUCUACAGCUGGCCGGACUUCGAGCAGGACGUGGUGGGCGUGGACGCGCUGGAGGAGCGCCGCAGCCGCAGCACGCAGGACGCCGUGGUGAUCCGGGAAACCAUUGCGGACUCCACCACCAACAUUGUGGCCGUGCACUGGUUCGACUUCGAGCCUGAGGAGCGCGCCAAGCCGGCCUGGUCUUCCACCGCCGCCGCCUCAGCGGCAGCGGCGGCCGCCGCCGCUGCGACGUCGCCGCUGCCUGACAAGGCCAUCCCUCGCGAGCAGCCUACGCUGCAUCCGCAGCACGGUAGCGUGGAGAUGACUAAGAACGGGAACCUGCGCGUUCACCUGUCGCCCACGUCGUCCAUGCGGCGCUCGCUAGGCAGCGAGGACGAGGGGGGCGUUACCUUCGGCGCGGUGGGCCCAACCGGCCGUAUGCACAAGUAUCGCGGCGUCACGCUGUUCAGUCUGGAUGAGGACUGCAAGCUGGCGUGGCAGGUGACCUUCCGCGAGCUCAAGACGUCAGAGCUGAAUACCUACAUGUUGGGGUCGGCGAGGCAGACCGCGUCGGCGACCGCAGCGGGGCAGCAGCGGUAGGCUCGUCGCUGUGAAGCGGAGCGGCGUGGGACGGGGUUUGGCACGUUUAGGAGCUGAACAUGGCGCCUGGACAUACCCCAGGGGUGCCCCUGACAUACCCAUUUGCAGCUGGCUGCAAUGUGCGGCAGCAGGCAGGAGGUGCGAUGUGUAACCAUUUCGUGAUUUAGGGCUGCAAGAUCGAGUGCACAGAGUGUGAUGUCUGGGGCUGAGCAAGGAGCAUCGUGGUUGCACGGGAGGCUGUCCGUGCGGUGGACGCGUGUAUUUGGUAUUGAGAGGUUGCGGGUGUGGAUCAUUCGGCGGCCAUGACGGCUUUGAAGUACCCCUCUCGUUGGGUUGGGGGGCAGCAACCGUCGGUUUUGUUCCGUGACGGCAUGGUUGACAUGAACGUCGGUUUUGUUUGCACUGCUUCCCCACGAAGCAUGGUGGCACCAGGCCAAAGCAACUCAGACUGCAGCAUGCGAGUUUUGACGGCGUGCACCUGUAACGUGUCUGACUG